CUCUGUUUGGAGGUGUUGUGUAGAUAGCCGGGUUCUGGCCUUGUUGAGCAAGUGCUCUGCCACUGGGCUAUAGCCCCAGCCUGAGGUGCAAGACAUCAGCCAUCAGCAUGUUUCAUUUUUAUCUUUAUUUUUAUAUAUAUGGGUGUUUUGCCUACACGUGUGUCCGUGCGCCACAUCCAUCACAGAGGUCAGAAGAGGGCAUCGGAUCCCCCUGGAACUGGCUUAGCAGAGCCCUCCUAACUGGCGAAGGUGCUGAGAACAAGUAAUUGUUGGAUGUUUUGCCCUAAGCAAGCAUCUGUACCGCUGCAUCCAGGUUUGAGAACACUGUGGAGGAGGAGGCGGAAAAAACGCAGAAACCAAAGGAAGUGGUAGAGUGUUGGAAACCCUCCUCAAGCCAUGGUCGCUGAUAUCCCAGGGCAAGGGAGCCUGUCGGGUUAUCUCCACAGCCUGGUCUUGCUGUUUGGCUGUUCUCUGAAGAUCUUCAGUAAGUCAGCUCUUCAGUAAGUCAAUGCCUGAGGGUCAAGCUGUCCACAUUCGAGUCGAAGUGUUAUGUAAACAACAGCAAUGGUCUGGGGUCUCAGAUGCUGCGACCUCCCAGCUCUGUGGGGCAUCGCUGGAAUGGAGACCCUCUGAGUUGCUCCCACAAUGAGUCUGCCUGACUUUAAAAGCUCACAGGGUCCCUCUGAAGCGUAGGUAGAGAUGGCCCUUACUGCUGAGCACACAGCUCGGAGGCUUGCAAAGACCCAUUGGUCAAGGCAGUGAGGAGCGCAGUGGUGGAGUGGGGAGCCAGCUGGGUAAUGUGAGAAGAGUGGGUCACGGCACCUCCCCCACAUUUGAAGUAAUUUUGUCCCUGAGGCCCUGGAAACUGCAGGCCUGUGUGGGGAGGGGCUGUUGGGUAACCUUGUCAGUGCUUUUGUGGCUGAUCUUUCUCCUUGGUAAUGGGCGGUUCCAGGCGGAUGGGUCAAGGCUGUCAGGCCCCACACUCUUGACCUCCCUAGCAGAUUUCCCCAGUCCUUCAACAAGCAGGUGGAGAAUUUUGCACAUUUUAAAGUUCUACUUCCCUCCUGAUUAAACAUUGUACCUUGGAAUCGUUUUUCCCUCUCUCCGUUCUGUUCUAAGCAUUCAGCAGCACCAACCUGCACCUGCUACACGGUGUUCAACCAUAUCUUCUGCUAAAAAUCUACUUAUUUCUUGCAAGUUCUAAAAAUACGAGGGCAGGAACAGAAUUAGAUCGAGUUUUUUGCCGCUUUAUGACAAGGGUAACCUUCCCUCCUGUCUCCAGUCUCAUGCUCCCCAUUCUGCAACCCCUUUGAGUCUUUGCUGUCGUUCUUUUCCAGUCAUGUGAUCGUGACCAUGUCUUGAUUCCUGAGUCUUCCCUGAAAUCAACCUUUAAGGUGAUGAAGAGUCAAGGCUUAACCAUAGGUUAGCUUGGCUCUGAAACCUAGGCACUUCCUCUGGGCCCUGCUUUGUUAGUGUAUCAAGAGACUCCACCCUCCUAUCUGACUAAGUUUCUCAUAUGUAUCCUUUAGGUGAUGUCUAGGCACCCUGGCCUGCCAGAGUUCCCUGCAUCUUGAUGUUUUCUCUUUAGGUUUUCCGUUCUUUGACUCCCCUGUUCUUUGGCUCUCAACCCUUAGUCCCCUAUUCGUUCAUGUUGAAUUAAGAACUGAGACCAAUUCCCCCCUGCCUCCGCACACAGUCCCUCAUGGGUGGGCCCUGCACUUGCUUGGCCUUUACUAGAGUCUGCCUUGCUACCUUAAUAAGUGUCAUGGAUUAACUUUCUCUGUCUCUCUGAAUUCAUCCUACUGCUCCGACUGACCUGACCUGUCCAUCCUCUUGCCUCAGUCUCCAGAAUGAUGAGAUUACACCUGUAUACACCAUACCACACUAAUUUUUCUUUAACAAAAUUCUGCCUGUAGCUCAGAAUUCUCCAUCACCCGUUCCCACAUGUCACACAUCUGUUACAGCGCCAUCCCAUUCCUGACACCAAUUGGCCCAGCCCUUCAGGCUUUCACAACACAACAUUAAGACUGGGCAGAGUAUAACCUGCAGGAGCUGAUGACACAAAGCUCCGGAGUCUGCAAGCCCCAGCUAGAAGCCUCUGCAGAUCUAAGGCCUGGCAAGGGCUCGCUCCACAUAGUUAAAGGGACAGGAGGCCCUUGGGGGUCUGUCUAGUGGCCACCUACUCCAUCCUUGGGUCGGACAUGAAUGUGGAUGGCUCCUACAGAAGGCUCUCUGGAAGUGUGGUCUGAGCUGCAUACUGUUGAUGCCACAGAGGGGACAGAAAGGCAGUUGCACAAAGUGGACUCUUUUCCCUGGUUCUGCCUAGAAUCAGGUAUCAUCCCAGGAGUCCUUGGCCCUUGGGAGGGAUGCUGCCACACUCCAGGAGUUACUGUCUUGAACCCCUGCCAGCACUGAGACCCUCUGCACUGUUGACGUUGCCCGGAGGAGCUGUUUGACCUCCACUGUGGUUUGGAUAAGCACCAAAGGCCACUUGUUGCGAGCUUGUCCUCUCCUGUGUCGAAAACUCAUACAGACUCACCACACGUGCAUAGCGCAAACUCCAAGGGCAGCUGAAUGUGUUACGAGGCCUUGGACACACAGAAGGACCAGUCACCCUGGCUGUCUUUAGGAUGAACUAUGUCCCCCUCCGGCUAGUCAGACCUUCUGCCGAGACCUCAUGACCCAGCAUCCUGAGAAUGUGCCUGUGGCAGGCCGCGAAGGGAACCCUCCCUGGACUUAUUGGAGAAACAGAGGGGCCUGAAGGUGCUCUGAGGAGAGAUGACACACGUCAGAGGUGAAAGAGGGACCGAGGCCCCACCCACCACAGCAGCAUGGACUAUAAAGACAGGCUGGUCCAGCACUAGCCUGAGCCAGACACACGCUCUGCUUGCCCAUUGCCCAAGAUGAGGACUCAUCUGCUUUGGUUGUUGCCCCUGAUUCUGCUGGGCUCCUCAGCUCAGGCGCUGAAAUGUCACGAGUGUAGUACCACCACUGGAAGCUGCUACAACCCUAGAUCUUGCAGCGACAAGAGCCGCUACUGCUUGACUACCUGGUAUGCACCCCCAGGCCAGCCAACGCUCAUGACAAGAACAUGUGGAUUUACCUGUCCUGAUGUCCUUCAGAACCAGAAUCACUCCAAGGCCUCCUGCUGCAACACGGACCUCUGCAACAGUACCGUGAGCCUUCACGCCAGCUGGGUACUGCUGAUCCUCAGUGUUUGCUUUAUCUAUCUCAGCCGAUAGGUGCAAAACUCCCAUGUAGGCUUAGAAGCUGCUGCUCGGAGGCAGGUGUCAUCAUGUGACCGAAAUGUUUCAUAGCCUUAGGUGUGGUACUUCUACUCCAGUCAGAAGGAUUCUAAGAGAGAAUGUUCACUGAGUACAAUCACUAGAGCUGAAGAUGGGGGUCCUGGAGCUGGACCACAGGCAGAGGCUUUUGGCUGGAGACCCUCGCCACUGUCCAGGGUGCUGUAUGUGGCGCUCUGUCUCCAAGGUCGCCAUCUGCUGGCCUCCAAGUGCUGGUGCAAGGAAGACAUCAUGGCUGUGAAUCUGUUACCGGGAUUGUGAAAGACCCCUCCAGGAGGCACAGUGAACUGUUGGGGGGGGGGGCGUCUUCUUUUCAUACAUCCCACGGCUCCCUCCUUGCAACUACCUCAGAGGACCUGAGUCUGAGCAUCACCACUUCAAAAGAACUGAGCUCCAGUGCAUGUUACCUGCUGAUUCCUGGACCGGUACUGAAGUUUGCUGCUUUAACCUGAAUUUAAAGAUUCUUGGCAAAUGGAAACCCUGUGGAGAGGCCUCCAGUCCGGCUGUGGGGCCUCCAGUUCGACUGUGGGUGAAGGGCAGAUGCUGGGACAGUUUUUCCUUGAACAAGGCACAGGUCAACCCUGGCAUUAGCAUAGUUGCUACGUGCAAUGCCAUCUGUGUAGCCUAUAGCCCCAGGAUACCUUACCCUUCAGAUGGGCCCUGAGGAUUCUAUUUUAGGAUGAUAAGAAUCUCAUCAGGACUUCAGGAGCUUCUGUGAUCUCCAGUCUAUACGGGAACAAAGGACAGUCACAACUGGGAGGGUGAGGGCAGGCUUUGUCCAGCUGUGAAGCCUGAGGGGUUUCUGCUGAGGAAUGACCCUUCUGCACGUUGUGAACAUGUACUGCCCUCAUUGUUAAUAAAAACGGACUGGCCGAUAGCUAGACAGGGCUUCCAGGGCAGAGAGAAUGCUGAAAAGAAGAAGGGCAGGGUCUGAGGAAUCUUGAACCAGAUGUGGAAGAAGCAACAUGGGAAAUUCAUAGAUGAGGUAAACGAACCUUGAGGCAGCAAUAGAUUAAUAGAAAUGGGUAAAUUUCAGUUGUAAGAGCUGGUUGAAGAUAAGCCUAAGCUAUCGGUCGGACAUUUAUAAUUAA